GUCACUGCCACCCUCGACUCUCAGCAGGGUGUCUCCCUGAGCAGAGGGACCUGCACACAGAGACUCCCUCCUGGGCUCCUGGCAGCAUGGCCCCACUGAAGAUGCUGGCCCUGGUCACCCUCCUCCUGGGGGCUUCUCUGCAGCACAUCCAUGCAGCUCGAGGGACCAAUGUGGGCCGGGAGUGCUGCCUGGAGUACUUCAAGGGAGCCAUUCCCCUUAGAAAGCUGAAGACAUGGUACCAGACAUCUGAGGACUGCUCCAGGGAUGCCAUCGUUUUUGUAACUGUCCAGGACAGGGCCAUCUGUUCUGACCCCAACAACAAGAGAGUGAAGAAUGCAGUUAAAUACCUGCAAAGCCUUAACAGGUUUUGAAGCCUCCUCACCCCAGACUCCUGACUGUCUCCCGGGACCACCUGCGACCUCCACUGUUGGUGUCACCGCCCCCACUCUGAGCGCCGGGGUCCAGGGGAGGCCUUGCAAGGACGAAGAAGAGCCACAGUGAAGUAGAUCCCAUCCCCUUGUCUGAACUGGAGCCAUGGGCACAAAAGGCCCAAAUUAAAGUCUUUCUCCUCA